AAAUUAGGCGAGCGAUUUCAAGAUCUCCAUUUUUUGGUCCGUAGCCAUUUUGGCUCAAGCAUUCUUACCUGCAUGCUCACGUAAGGUGCAUGCGGGGGCCACUGCGUGCCACGCAUGGUCCCUGCUCUUCUCACUUGGAAUGAAGUCCGUUCGGAAUCGCAGGCACGCCACGGGGCCUGCGUGGGCGGUGCUGUGCGCGUCGUGCGCCCUGCGGCCCGCGGCGGGUCUCGAGGUGCGCGGUCUCCGUGGAAGGCCUGGGCUCUACAUCCCCGAUAUCCUCGGCAACCCGAGCCGUCGGGACGGGGUCACUGCGGAACCAGACGUUCAAGUCCAUGAACCGCAGCCUGAGAAGCGCUGGAACUUAGAGGGCGACGAGGGUGGCAGUAGCAAGAGCAGCAAGUGGCGCUCCAAAAAAGGCGGCGGCCCGUGGACAUUCCUCGGGGCCGUCUCCUUCGUGGUGCUCAUCGGCUCUCUACCCGCGGCCCUGGCGUCGUCGUACAAGUACGUCACGAGGACGCAAGUCUUCGAGAGCAUCCUUCUGUACUCUUGGCUGCUGGGCGGCCUCUUCCUCUUCACAGAGGUCCUGAUAUUUCAAUCUCCGCACUUCAGCGAACCGCGCUCGUUGUCCACGGAGGAGGCGGUUUAUCUUUUCGCACAGAUCCUUACGACUAUCGGCUAUGGCGACAUCACCCCAGCUAGGCCGAGGGGUCAGCUCUGCAUGGGGCUCUUCGUGGUGAUGUCCGUCCUCCUGAUCGCCCACACGAUUCAGGAGCUGUUUGAAUUCUUCCAGACCAUAAUUGAGAGGCGGCUCGGCUUAGACGACGAAUCAGACGUUGACCACGACGAUUCUGUAACUGAGGAGCACAAGCUGAAGGCGGCCUUUCUGCCGGUGAUCUACUCGUCCCUCGCCUUCUGCUGCUUCGUUGCCGUGGGAGCGGCGUUCUUCGUGUACUACCCCGGGGAGGAGAAGACCCCCGCUCAGGGCGUCUACAUGGCCCUCAUCACGCUCUCGACCGUCGGCUUCGGCGCCUUCACGCCCAGCACGCACGCGGGGAUGGUGUUCGGCUCCUACUGGAUGGUCUUCGGCAGCGCAUCGCUCGUGUCCGUGGCCACCAGCAGGGGGGCCUUCUCCCUGGCCCUGAAGCACUACGAGGUCCGCCUGCUCGAGCAGAGGGAGUGCGAGCAGGCCGGGUACGAGAACCUCUCGCCGAGCAGCCGCAGGCGGCUGUCCUCCCGAGCAGGCAGCACGCGCCUGGCGGAGUCGAAAGCCUGGCAGAAGCAGGAGAGGAGCGCGCUGCGGCGGGCGUAGUCGGCGACGUACAACACGCGGUGGGAGGCCACUCGCCCGCCGUUCCGACGGCGCUGGCCGCCGCCGCAGACGAGCCCGUGCCGAUGCGCGGAACAAAAACAGAUCUCCAUUUUUUGGAGGAUGUCUCAAGCGAGCCGCCCAUUUUUAGCAGCCUUUCCUGACAUGAACGGGAAGCUCGUGGAAGGGAAGCGUUGCGCAAGAAUUCGCAGCAUCAUCGUGAUCACAUGUGAUAUAGGCGAGCUCUCCGAACGCUCACAAAGGAUACGUAUGGACACGCGCCCCCCGAACGUUUACAAGCAUCUUCCUGC